UUCAGGACAGUUUGUUUAUGGAUCCUUAUCAGCAGAGGAUAAAAGUCCAGCUUCGUUUGUUCAAAUCAGUUGUUUUUCUUUCCAGAACAUUUUAGACCCAAAGAACCAGAAACAUGAAGGUCUGUCUGCUGCUGGUUCUGCUGCUGCCGCUCUGCUACGCCCAGUUCAACAUCCACUGCUAUGGAGAAGAUUUCCUGAUGGUCAACAACAUGCUUCUGCAGUGCACCGGGAAGGUCCAACAGGCCUGUUACACCAGAGAUAAUGGAGAGAAAGGCUGCACUCGGCUGGAGAACUGCUCAAAACCCGGAUGGACCUGCUGCCACACGGACCGCUGCAAUGAGGGACAUUCAAACCAGUCUGGAUGAUUAGUCAGAGUCCUGAUAAUUCCUGUGAGGAGUGCCUCAGAGCCCAUCUAAUGAGUCUAGAUCCAAUAAACUGUUGGAUGGCCCAAUAA